CUAGCAGGAGGAAGUAUAUUUAAUUAAAGAAAAACAGCAAGAUAUAUGGAAGAUGAGACUGAACUGAAGCGGCAUUAGGACAGAGUUUUUUUUUCAUUUUUGUUGAGUGCUGUAUCCCCAGGACCUUGAGGAGUGACUGCAUAUUUGGACACCCAAGAAGAGACACCCACCCUUGUCACCACAUGCCUGAAUAUUAGAGGGAAGCAUCCUGGAGCCCCCCACCUCCCAUGGUUUGCUCUCACCAGGAAGCCAGGCUGAUCUGUGAAGCCUGACACUUUCUGGUUGUGGGCAAUGAAGCCCCCAAAUGUGUCCAGUGUCACUGAGUUCCAGUUGCUAGGAUUCCAGAACCUUCUUGAAUGGCAGACAUUACUCUUUGCCAUCUUCCUGUUCAUCUACUUUCUCACAGCCACAGGGAAUGUUGUCAUUAUUGCAGUGGUGAGCCAGGACCAGCGACUGCACUCACCCAUGUAUGUAUUUCUCACAAUUCUCUUUCUGGAGAUCUGGUAUACAUCCACCAUUGUGCCCCUUCUCCUAGCCAACCUGUUCUCCCACGGCCAAGCCAUCUCUUUCCCUGCCUGUAUGGCACAGCUUUACUUCUUCGUGUUCUUUGGGGCUACUGAGUGCUUUCUUCUGGCCAUGAUGGCCUAUGACCGAUAUCCGGCCAUCUGCAGCCCACUCCACUACUCUUUCCUGAUGAGUCCUGAGACCUGCACCAAGUUGGUGGCAAUCUCUUGGUUAACAGGUGUUGGCACAGGAUUUCUGCCCUCCCUAAUGAUCUCCAAGUUGGAUUUCUGUGGUCCUAACCAGAUCAAUCACUUCUUCUGUGACCUCCCUCCCCUCAUGCGGCUCUCAUGUUCCAGUGUGUGUAUCACCAGGAUGGUCAUCUUUAUCCUGUCUAUUGCAGUGCUGUGCAUUUGCUUUCUUCUUACACUUGUGUCCUAUGUUUUCAUUAUAUCUACCAUAUUGAGAAUUCCUUCAGCCUCUGGCCAGAUGAAGACCUUUUCCACAUGUGGCUCCCAUUUGGCUGUUGUCACUAUCUACUAUGGGACCAUGAUCUCCAUGUAUGUUCACCCCAAUGACCACCUGUCACCUGAAAUCAACAAGAUCAUUUCUGUCUUCUACACUGUGGUCACCCCACUGCUGUACCCUGUUAUCUAUAGCUUGAGGAACCAAGAAUUCAAAGAGGCUGUUAGAAAAGUCAUGAGAAAAAAGUGUGGUAUCUAUGGAGUAAGAGUGAAGGGGAGUUUCUUUGUUAGGUAAGAAAAAUUAGCACAAGAACACACAGUGGAUUAAUUUGGGGAUUAUGGGAGUGGCAAGUUUGGAGCCUUCAAACCAGAAUGUCAUCCUUGGCACCAUGUUGAAUUCCACAAGCCAUAAUGAAAGAGUUUCAUCAUGGCCCCUUGCCAACAACUGUUCAGAAGACAGCCUCUAUCAAAUCAU